AUGGCAGCGACCAAGGUCUCCUUCCGCGGCGAGCACGAGGACCCCUUCCCCGGCCGCGGCAGCCUUCCCCCGCGCGCCGUCGCGCACUCCGAUGCGGCGCAACUCUCCCUCAACGGCGACUGGGACUUCCACCUCUCGCCGACGGCACAGGGAUCCGACGAGUUUUCCACCCCCGACUACCACGCCGACAAGGGCUGGGCGAAGCUGCCCGUUCCGUCGAACUGGGCGAUGCCCGAGCACGGCUACGACCGCCCGCAGUACCAGAACAUUCGCUUCCCAUGGCCCGUGACGCCACCAUACGCCCCGACAGACGACAACCCGACCGGCCGGUACAGGCUCGAGUUUAAACUACCGGCACACUGGCCGCGGGGCGACGGAGAGAAGGCGGUCCUUCGCUUCGACGGAAUCGAGAGCUGGGCCAAGGUCUGGCUGAACGGCAAGGAGCUCGGCACGUCCCUCGGCUCAAGGCUGCCGGUUGAGUUUGACGCGACGGACGCCAUCAAGGAGACAGGCAACGUGCUCGCUGUCAAGGUGUGCCAGUGGAGUGCGGGAAGCUACGUCGAGGACCAGGACCAGUGGUGGCUCGCGGGCAUCUUCCGCGAUGUCACCCUCAUCUCGCGCCCCAAGAACGGUGUGCUCGACCACUUUGUGCAUGCUUCCUACGACCACAAGACGGGCAAGGGCACCCUCAAGGUCGACUCGGUGCCUGCCGGUCGCGUCCGCGUCCCCGAACUCGGCAUCGACAUCAGCACCGGCGAGGAGAUCACCGUUCCGGUCGAGCCGUGGAGUGCCGAGAUCCCCCGCCUCUACACCGGCACGCUGUCGACGGGAUCGAUUGACGAGGGCGGCGAGAAGCUGAUCCUGCGCAUCGGCUUCCGCACUGUUACCAUUGAAGACAGCCAGAUCAAGGUGAACGGAAAGCGCAUUCUCAUCAACGGCGUGAACCGACACGAGUUCCACCCGCGCCUCGGCCGCGCUCUCGACAGCGCGACGAUGCUGCACGACAUUCAGCUCAUGAAGACCCACAACAUCAACGCGGUCCGCUGCUCCCACUACCCGCCUCACCCUCACUUCCUGUCGCUCUGUGAUGAGCACGGACUCUGGGUGGUCGAUGAGGGCGACUAUGAGACGCACGGCUUUGAGAAUGUCGGCUGGCGCGGCUCUCCCGCGAAGGAGAGCAUGUGGACAGAGCAGCUGCUCGACCGCACUGCGCGCAUGCUGGAGCGGGACAAGAACCACCCCUCCAUCAUUGUGUGGUCUCUCGGUAACGAGGCCGGCUUUGGUGACAACAUCGGUAAGAUGGCCGACCUGAUCCGGAAGCGCGACAAAUCCCGACCUAUCCACUACGAGCGCGACCUGGUUGGCAAGUACGUCGACAUCUACUCGCGGAUGUACGUCAGCCACGAGCUGGUCGACAAGAUCGGUCGCAAGGAAGAGAAGAAUGACGACGAGAUAGAGGGCAUCGGGCACGCCAUCCUCACCCCCGAGCUUCUGGCCGACAAGGAGCUGGACGCCAAGCGCCGCCAGAUGCCCUUCUUCCAGUGCGAGUACGGACACGCGAUGGGCAACGGACCCGGAUCGCUCAAGGAGUACCAGGACCUGUACAGGAAGUACGACCGUUGCCAAGGUGGAUUCAUCUGGGAGUGGAUCGACCACGGCAUUGAGGUCACGCGCGACGGCAAGACGUUCUACGCCUACGGCGGCGACUUUGGUGAGGAGAUCCAUGACGCAAACUUUAUCUGCGACGGUCUCCUGUUCCCGAACCGCAAGCCCAGCCCCGGCCUGAUCGACUUCAAGAAGGUCAUUGAGCCUGCCGAGAUCAGCAUCGAAGGCGACAAGGCCACGAUCAGAAACUGGCGCGACUUUGCGGAUCUUUCGGAUCUUGCGUUCUCCUGGAAGAUCGAGAAUGAGAACGGCACCGUGGGCCAGGGUAAGCUCGACGUUGCCCCUAUCAAGGCUGGAGAGACGGGCAAUGCGACUCUGCCCCAGGCUCCUAAGGCGGACGAGUGGGCCACUGUCACUGCCCGUCUGGCGAAGGAUGCCUCCUGGGCCAAGGCGGGACACGAGGUCGCGUGGGGCCAGAGUGCUCCUCCGGCUGCCACCGCCACCGCCGCUGCUUCCAACGUCGCCCCUUCAGUAUCCGGAGACGUCAUCACCCUCGGUCCCGCGACCUUCUCGGCUUCGAAUGGCCAGCUCACCUCCCUGCACGGCCUCACCGUGUCGGGCGCGGGUGUAGACAUCUGGCGCGCCCCGACCGACAACGACGUCGGCGUCGCUCAGAAGUGGAGGGCCGCCGGCUUCGACAGGAUGCACGAACAGCCCUCGAGCUACGAGGUGACACCCAGCGCGCUCGUGGUCGAGACACGUCUCACGGCGGCCGACACGGAUCGCUACCUCUCGCUUCGGUACGAGUGGACUGCGGCCGAGUCCGCAUCUGCCAGCACCACAGAGGAUGAUGCCAAGCCUAAGCAGACCCUGCACUUGAACCUGUCCGUGAAACCCGAGGGCGUGGACUGGGACAAAUUCCGUCUGCCCCGCUUCGGUGUGCGCCUGGGUCUGCCCAAGUCGCUUGACGCUGUGCGCUGGCUCGGCCUCGGUCCCGGAGAGAAGUAUGCCGACACGAACGGGCCUUCGUUCGGCGUCUGGAACUCGUCCAUCGACGACCUGCAGACGCCCUACGUCUACCCGCAGGAGAACGGGAAUAGGGCGCACGUGCGCUGGGCCGAGAUUAGUGGGCACGCCGCGCCCAACUUCUUCUCCAGCAUGCGCGACGCCGUAUCCGAGGUCGCGGACAGGCUCAAGGCCGCAACGGACAUCACGGCGGCCACUGGUGCUACCCCCGGAGCCGGUGCCGCGGGAGCGAGCAAGGGUGCCGGCAAGGGCAUCAAGAUCCUCGGCGAGCCCGAGUUCAACCUUUCGGUCCGCCGGUGGACGUCGCACGAUCUCGAGAAGGCGAAGCAUACCUCCGACCUCACACCUGGCGAUCACGUCUGGGUCAACAUUGACCAGGACGUUGAUGGUAUCGGAUCGGCAAGCUGCGGUCCUGCCCCGCUGCCGCAGUACCUUCUCCGCGCAAAGGAGGGAAGCUUCAAGAUCGCCUUUGAGGCUCUCUAG